AUGUCAAACAUCCAUUAUAAUUUCCGUUUUUGCAUGUUGCACAUCCAGGGUAACAGCUUAAACAUAAUUUUGUAUAUUAUAGAUUAUAAGUUCCCAUAGGACAUCCCAUUUAAUAGCAAGUUCUUAAGGCGGGAUAUUAGUAAUAUGAAUUAGAGCAUUAAUAAACGCAAGAGCCAUUUUCUGCAAAAUAAGUGCAACUAGAAACGCAUUGUAAAGUGAUUUAAUCUUUAUAAGGUGCAAUACUUGGACAAUCCGUAUAACAAGUAGAUCCAUGUAUAUAAGCACCUGGGGAACAUUUUGAACAUGAUGUAGAGUAAGCAUUUUGGCAUUCUUUGCAAACUGAGGCACAACUAUCACAAAAAUAAUAGUCUUUUCUAUCUAAACAGUAUGUUUCUGAAGGUUUCAAUUCAUAGCAUAUUUCUUUGAAUUAAUAUUGUUUAAACAAGCAAGUUACUGAACAAUAUGUAACUAUUACAGAAUUACCAUUAAUAUUUUCUCGACCAAAGGUUUUUAUAGAUUAUUCACAUACAUCAACACAUUUCCAAUUUAAACUAUCAUUAAAUUAUGGAUAGCACUAUUUAAUACAUUCAUUGUUUUUUAAAUAUGAUUUAGGUUUACAACUUAAACAUUAAUUUGAGUUUGGACCCGAGCAUGUUUUGCAUUUAUAAUUACAAUUAUAACAAUUAAAUCCUUCGCAAUAUGCUCCUACCUCUGGCAUCUCUUCAUAACACCUAUUAUUCAAAGAAUAUUAAAAAGUUUGA